CGACUUUCGGGAACAAUAGAACAAUGAAGUACCCAAAAAAUACAAAGGGCGGGUAUUGUAAACCCUCGUAGUGUCGUAACUCCAAUCAUCGCAACAUCGGCGGCCUCUGUCCGUGGUGGUGCAGCUAUUUCGUUUCUUCGCCGAGGUAAAUUGAAAUUCUAUAAUGGUGAGUGGGAAGCGACCUUAUGGUCAGAGGGACAACAAUGGAGACAAUAAGAGCCACAGGAGACGGAUUACCGACCAAGAUGACUGGGUUAGUGAUGAACUGGUCGUUUACCGAAUACUGUGCCCUGAUGAGGUCAUUGGAAGUGUUAUUGGUAAGAGUGGUAAAGUGAUAAACUCAAUAAGACAAGAAACAAGGGCAAAGAUUAAGGUGGUUGAUCCAUUUCCUGGUGCCAAGGACCGUGUUAUAACAAUAUUCUGCUUUGUCAAGGAUAAGGAGGAUGUGGACAUUGAUGAUGAGUUCAAUGACAGACAAACAUUAUGUGCAGCCCAGGAUGCUCUUCUUAAAAUUCAUGCUGCUAUUUCCAAUGCGCUGGCUUCUGCUGGAGAUUUAGACAGGAAUCUGAGGGAUAAGGAACAAUGCCAAGUUCUCAUCCCUUCGAGCCAAUCUGCUAAUGUCAUUGGUAAAGCAGGAUCAACUAUUAAAAAGCUUAGAAGCAAGACAAGGACCAGUAUAAGAAUCAUCCCCAAGGAUGCCUCUGAUCCAAUUCACUCAUGUGCCAUGGAAUUUGACAAUUUCGUCAUGAUAGCUGGUGAACCUGAUGGAGUAAGACGGGCUCUAUUUGCAAUAUCUUCAAUUAUGUAUAAGUUCCCUCCUAGAGAAGAGAUUCCUCUUGAUACAAAUGUAAAUGAAGCCCCUCCUAGUAUAAUUAUCCCGUCAGAUGUUCCUCUGUAUUCAACAGGUGGACUAUAUCCAAGUGCAGAUCCCAUUCUUCCUCCCAGAUCUAUUCCGCCUAUGCUUGGUGCCCAACAUGUCCAGGAUCUUCAUGAUUACCCUGAUACUGGGAAUGCAUGGCCUCUCUAUUCAUCUGCUCUUCCUAUGGUUUCUAGUAUUAGCAGUCAUCCUCCAUCGGAGGAAUUGGUGAUUAGAUUAUUAUGCCCCCUUGAUAACAUUGGCCGUGUCAUUGGUAAGGGUGGGGGUACCAUUAAAAGCAUAAGGCAAGCUAGUGGCGCUUGUGUGGAAGUUGAUGAUUCCAAGCGUGAUUGUGAUGAAUGCUUAAUCACUAUCUCGUCAUUUGAGUCUUUGGAUGAUCUGAAAUCAAUGGCCGUUGAAACUGUGUUAUUGCUGCAAGAGAAGAUUAAUGAUGAUGAAGGUGGAAUGGUGAUCAUGCGAUUACUUGUUCCAUCUAAAGUUAUUGGUUGUAUUAUUGGAAAAAGUGGUUCAAUCAUCAAUGAGAUUCGGAAGUCAUCUAGAGCUGAUAUCCGUAUUUCUAAGGGUGACAAAAUUAAGUGUGCUGCUGCCAAUGAUGAACUUGUUGAGGUAACUGGUAAUGUUGGCAGUGUGAGAGAUGCAUUGGUCCAGAUCGUGUUAAGGCUUCGUGAUGAUGCUUUGAAAGAGAGGGAUGUUGGUCAUAACCUUGCUGUCGGUACUGAUUCCAUGUAUUCAUCUGGUUCCAGUUUUUCGAUGCCAUCUGUAUUGCCUUCUGUUUCUCCUGGUGCUCCACCAAUGGGCUAUGACCAGAGGGCUGAAAGUGGAAGCGGUUUAGGCGCUCUCUCUUCAAGUAGCAUAUAUGGAUAUGGUUCACUGUCGAUGGGAGACAAUGGCUAUGGAUCCAUGCCCUCAUAUUCAUCCAAGUUGUAUGGAGGGCUGCCUCCUCCAUCUUCUCUUGAGAUGUUGAUCCCAGCAAAUGCCGCUGGUAAAGUUAUUGGAAAAGGAGGGGCUAAUAUCGCCAACAUUAGGAAGAUAUCAGGAGCGCUGAUAGAGAUUUCAGACUCUAAGUCAUCUCGAGGUGAUCGUAUUGCUCUUAUAUCUGGUACAUCUGAACAGAAGCGCACAGCUGAAAACUUGAUUCAGGCAUUUAUAAUGGCUACAUGAGAAGGAAGAUGACCUUAUGUUUGAAGGUUACUAGAUGUAAAUCUUCCAUUUCAGUUCAUCCUCUGUAGAUCUCCCUAGGUUCAGUUCUGGAGAGGGUACCUCUUCUCACAUUCAAGUUCUUGAGUUUUUUUCCCCAUUAAAUGCUUGUCAGGAUGAAAUGGGAGGACCUACAGCUGGUUCAUAUCUAGGGUUCCUAGAGCUUUUGUUUCUUAAUCUAUUCUUCUGUGGAUUCUUAGAACGUAUAGGAUCUUUCCUUUCGUACUUGUAUAUCUGGCCAUAUCUUUUAUCAGCUGGGAUUUCAUCUCAUUUCCAAUGCUGUCGUACUCACAUUAUAUGAUGAUUAUGCCAGAUGGGUUCCAGUAUGGUCGUUAUUCUCAA